CCCACAUCCACACAUCCCGCUCUGCCUGCUGACCGCCUCGCCGCCAUGGACCAGGCGGCCUCCGCCUCCGCCUCGCCGCCCGCGCCCGUGCGCCGCAAGGCGCUCGCCUGUCUGCCGUGCCGCGCCGCAAAGUCGGCGUGCGAGGGCGUCCCGCCCCAUGCACUCGCCAGCCACAAGGCCGGCGACGAUGUUGAGAUACCCGCAGAUGCGCCCUGCCAUCGCUGCCAGCGCCUCGCCGUCGCGUGCCGCUGGGCGCCGACGAAGCGCAUUGGCCGGCCGGCCAAGCGCCGCCGCGCGGCUGGCGAUAGUGAGGACGACGAGCUGCACGCCGAGGAGCACGCCGGCGAGCAGCCGCCCACGGCCGCACAGACAGCCGCGUGGCAGGCUCCGCUGUCCAACGGCACGCCCUUUGCCGCCGCAACGGCGCUGCCAGACCUGUCGCUCGGCUCCUGGCCGGCUGCGCAGCAGCAGCAGCAGUCGAGCAGCAGCUCCGCAGACAGCAUGGCCGACUCAGUCGCUGCCUUCUGGGCCUCACUUCCGGCGGGCACCAGCGAUGCUGCGCUGCAGCAGACGGCCACAGCCAGCUCGCCGCUCGACAACGUCAUGAUGGAUCCGACCAUGUGGAACAUCCUCGCCGGCGGCAGCAACGGCGGCGGCGGUCCCUCUGCAGCUUCGCCGAGCGCCUCGACGAGCGCCUCGUCGCCCGAUCGCUCGUCGGUCAUGCAGGAUCUGCAGAGCCUGCAUGACUGGAUGCCCACGUCGCUGCCGCAGCCGGCCGUCAGCAUAGCGGAGCUCUCCAAUCCGUCUCACUCGCCCAAACUCUCCAAUCGCGCCAUGCACCAGCUCGAGAGCAUCCAGAUGCUGAGCUCCACCUCGCGUCCUUCGCGCAAGGCUGGCAGCAGCAGCGCGCGCAGCAGCUCGCUGGCGUUCAUGGACGAGGGACUCGUAGCGUUCUUCACGCGCGCGCAACAGAUCAUCCCGCUGCUCGGCACGAGUGCGCAGUACGCCGCCUGGCUCAGUGCACAGCGCAGCGAGGCUCAGAUGCUCGUGCAUCACGCGGCCUCUGCGCUUGGUUUGCGACUUGCCGGACCGAGGGCUGCACAAGCCGCAGAGCGCAGUCUGAGUCACGCUCGGCACCUGGCAACUGAGCUGCGUCUGCCGCGCGCGCCUGCCGGGCUUUGCGAUGCGCUCAGCGCAGGCGACGCACUCGACAGCAUGCGCGGCCUCCUCAUACUCGCCACUGUCGAAGCGGGCGCCGGGAAACCGGCCGACGCCAAUGUCGCCCUCGGCAAGGCGGCUCGCCUCGCCAGCGAAUGGGGCGUGCACCGGCUUGAUGCGCCCUUCGGCGAGGCAUCGCAGCAAGCGCCCCUGCCGCUCGCUGGCGCAGCGCAGCGCUGGACUGCAGCAGCAGAUCGCGACGUGCUAGAGGGUCUGCGACGCGCAUGGUGGGAGCUCUACCUCGUCGACUCGAUGCUGUGGAUUGUCUCGAGCGGGCAAGCGGGCGCACAAGUAGGCAGUCUGGCGGCGCAGGCAGCAGUCGACAUGCCCAUCGAUCUCGGCGAAGAGCACAGUGCCAAUCCUUCACGGCAGAGCUACGACAGUCGCGUGCGAGCUUGCGCGCUGAUGCGAGAGGCGCUGGUCCCGCCGACGCCGGCUGCAGCUCGCAGUCUGGCACGACUGGCGGCGCUGGAGAGUCUCGCAGAGAAUCUGUUGCUCUCGUCGGACGCGCGAUGGCGCACUGCAAGGGCGCAGGCGAAGGCUGCGGAGCUCGAGGGCGACGAGAUCAAAUUGCAGGCGGCUGAGGCGCGCGCCGAGGCGGCACUCAUGGCCAUCGUGACUCUCAACUCCGGCCGCAUCCACCUCCAUCGCAACGCCACCUUUCCCGAAGUGACGCUCGACUUUUCCUCGUGCGCCUUCCGUCCCAACACCUCCAGCCAUAUCUCGGAGCUGGGCGACGGCACUUCCUCGCCCGAGAGCUCUCCCGUGCCCGCGCGCGAUCCACGACGCGUGGCCGACUCGCUGCGCCGCAUCGACGCCGCCUCUGCUGGCAUCCUCGACAUUGUGCGCGAGGACUACGUCGACCGUACGCGUGCGCGCCACGCUGUGGCUGUGGAGGACGAGACGUCGCCGCUGCUGCGUCACACGCCCUUCUUUGCCUGCUCGCAGAUGGUCGCUGCGUAUGGGCACGUGGUCCUGCUGGCCGGCACGCGUGCGCAAGCAGAGCAGGAGACGGCACUCAGGCUCGCCGGUCGCGGCACGGCAGAGGGCGAAGAGGCCCUCUGGAAGCGGCGUGUGGCGCUGAGCGAUCUGAGUCUGGCCGAGGCGAAUACGGCGCAGUGUGCCAUGGUCUGGCCACUUGUCGAGUCGUACGUCAUGCAAGUGCGUCGCUGUCGCGCAGCCGUCGACUUUGCGGGCCCGCUUGGCCUGCGCGACGGCUGAGCGAAGUCUAGCUGCUGUGUCUGCGGCUGCUUGCUGCUGAGACGGCUGCAGGGCAUCACUGCUCGAGCCCGGGGCCCACUGCGCGCGUUCAUCCUGUUCUCUCUCUCUCCCACUGUCUUCCCCGGCUCGCUCGUCUCCACGUCACCGUCUGCACCACUGUAUCUUUCCAUCUCAUCUAAUGCACGCAUACCGCACUC